GGCAGCGAGAGAGCUUGCUACUGCUAGAUUCCAGCUCGCCGGGAAGCAGCUGUACUUUGAAGAACAGGGACGACACAACGCCAAUGUCAAGUUGCAAGCUGGCAGGAUUUUUGAAGCUCAUCAAAAGAAUGAUUGAGCACAGAUAGAUUCCAGCUAGCUAUGCUGCAAGUAGGCUGGAGGCGUGAAUAUCGAGGAGCCCUUUCAUAUUGUCGUCAAUGGCUGUUGUGGCUUUUAAUCAGCUUUGAACUUCGAGGUGUCUUGUGCAAAGUGAGAAAGCUCUAGUGGUGUAGAUAUCCACCUCGCGAUUAUAUCUUUGAAGGAUGAGUGUGAUAAAUGUGCGUGUUUGAGUGUCAGUUUCCAGACUGCCAAUGAUGCCAACAGCACCUAGGGAAUAGCCACCAAUGAGACAUAAAGUUUUGGCGUCAUGCUCGCAUGCAAGUCGGGCAGUGUCUUACAGAUCAGUCAAAGACCAGGCAAGCAAUGUUUAGACUUGACCAACUAGAUAGUGGUCACUGACCUGCAAUUACGUGGCAGCAUCUGCAACUUUCUUCAUAUCUUAGAAUCUGAGCUCCAAAUAGCACCCUAAGCAGGCGUAGCGGUCAGAAUCAAUGAGAACUCGGUAGAAGCAGCAAGCUCGUCGCAGUACCUGCAGAGGCGCUUCUCCGCAAGGACGGGAAUGGCGAGCGACGAGUCGCAGCAGCCGGGGGAAGGUGCUGGGGUGUCCGUCCCUCUGCCUCUGGAUAAGUUGUGCUUCACGCACAGCCAAGAAGGUCAGCCAAUCGUCUUGGUGUCAACUGGAAGCUUCAAUCCUCCAACCAUACUGCAUCUGCGUAUGUUUGAGUUGGCCAGAGAUGACUUGACCGCUGACGGUUACAGCGUUUUGGGGGGCUACAUGUCGCCCGUCAAUGACGCCUAUGGCAAAAAAGGCCUCCUUCCGGCACACCACCGGAUCGCGAUGUGCAGAUUGGCGGCGGCCGACUCAGAUCUGCUUAUGGUGGACCCGUGGGAGGCCCUGCAAGCUGACUUUCAGCGCAGCAUCAAAGUGCUGAAGCGGAUACAGCAGGGCGUAAAUGCGGCCAGGCCAGAGGGCAUGCCCCCUGUGCGGUUGAUGCUCGUGUGCGGCGCGGACCUGCUCGAGUCCUUCAGCCGGCCCGGCGUUUGGAUCGAAGCGCAGCUACGGGAGAUCUUUGCAGAUCACGGCGUCGUGUGCAUUUCCCGGGGGGGCUCCGACGCACGGCGACACAUUCACGAGAACGAUCUUCUGUUUGAGUACCGAAAAUCCAUCCGGAUUGUAGACGAGUGGGCUUCCAACGAAGUUAGCUCCACCCUCGUCAGGCGCUUCUUGAGUCGCGGGCUGUCCGUGAAGUACCUCACACCGGACAGCGUCAUACAGUACGUGAAAGAGCACAAGCUCUACACGCCCUCUCAUUCGAAACCAAUGGACGAAAACGGUGCUGGCCUAUCCUCCAGAACCAGCACGAAAGACAACGCGGUAGAGAGGAAGGCCGAAGCUGCGCUUAUCUUGACCCCUUAAUCGAAACACAGUUUUGUACUGCCAUUCCGAUCAAUCCUUAGGCUUAGGCAAGAUGCGCUGCCAAGUCUAUCCAUAACCCUGUGAGUAACAAGUGACUAAAAUUAGCAAACAAUCAUAAUUUUAAGAUAUCAGCAUCUCGAUCAGGACGUUUGCAAUCUUUCUCCGAAGUCACACUAGGCUCAAAUUGAUGCUGGGCAUUAGUUUGACGUAGGAUCUUCGUCGUUGACGUGGGGUCCUGAAGCUUGUUGUAGUUACCGUUGCCCAACUAUUUUGUCUUAGCAGUGUAUUGAGCAAGAGGGAAGCUUUUCAGCGUUUCACAUUUCAGCGCAGUGAAGG